AUGGCUGCGUCCCACACUGUUUGCAUCAUGUUGGUAUUUAUAGCUAGUUUUGCUUUGUUAGUCCAAACAGGACUUUCUGAUGAUGUUACUGAUCCACCAAUUGGAUCUCCUAUUGAAUUUGAUUAUACAGAAAAGCCAUUAACUUCAUAUCAGAAGUAUUUGACUAAUUGUGCUAACCAGCUAUAUCCAAUUUGUGGUGAGGAGAUAUUUUCUACUGUAUUUUUUGGUAAUACAACUUAUAGCAAUAUAUGUUGUUUAAAUCUUGUGAAAGAUUUGGGAAAAAGUUGCCAUGAUGACCUUGUUAAAUAUAUUCUGUUAUCUCCAAAAUUCAAGAAAAACAUAAUUUCAAUUUGGGAAAGGAGUGAGCAAGUUUGGAAUGAUUGUGCAUCUAGGGCACAAGAUAAUAUUCCAGUAGAAGUAGAAGCUGAACCUCCAUAUAAUGUUUAA